AUGAGGGGUCACCAGUUUACGUGGGAGAAGAGUAGAGGAAAGAGUAACCGGCUUGAGGAGAGACUGGAUAAAGUGCUGGCAACGGCUGAGUGGUGUGGACUGAAUGGGCAGGCAGGGGUGGAGAAUAUUCUGACACGUAAAUCUGAUCACUCGAUUCUUUUCCUCAGUAUUGAUGCAAUACGCGUCCAUGAGAGAAGGGGACCAAGGGGUUUUAAGUUUGAAAUGGCAUGGCUUCAGGAUACGGGGUGUAGGGAUGUGGUGGAAUCAGCCUGGCAGAGUGGGAAAGAUGAGGGACUGUUGAAUUGUCAGCAGUAUUGUAGGGAGAGGUUGAUGAGGUGGGGGAGAGAUCGUUUCCAUCAGUCUGGUCGCCGCAUCAGUGAGUUAAAGAAGAGACAGGGGGCUAUCAGGAAUAGGCGGGAUCCGGCGGCCUUGGCCGAGAUCCAGACGAUUGAUGAUCAACUUGCCUGCCUAAUUAAAAGCCCAAGAGGAUGUGUUUUAGAGGCAGCGGGCGAAGCAGCAUUGGCUUAG